ACAAGUAUUUGCUUCCGACUCAAUCAUGAAUUCGAAAGUGCUCUGCUGCGUGCAAAUGUUGCGCUUACCCCGUGUAUCUCCCUCACUUCCUCAGAUUACUCACAUUCGCCGGCAUCUCAGAAGUCCUUUGGCCUUCGCUUGUGAGCCGGCAUCGUCCACUACACGAGCUUUCGCGGCAAAAGCAGCCCCAGAUAUGGAAGGCAAGGAAGCUCAACAGCCAGGAGCCGAACGCAAGGCCUUCAGAGAGGAUAUGGAGGAUUCAUAUGGAGAAGCAUAUGCUACCCGAUCAUCAGAUGAAGGUUACGGAGAAGCAUACGGAGAAGCUGUUAAAAGGUAUCAAACGAAUCCUGAUAUUAAGGAAGUUCAGAGAGGAGCUACAUCUGAACGAGAUCAAAAAGCAGAUGCAUUUGCUGAUACGAAAUCUGGAUCAGAUUACGAUACAUCUCAGGGUCACCCCGUUGCUGAGAAAGAAAAAGCUCGCCAUGCUAAGCACGAAGAUGCUUUUGAACAUGAGAAAACCGAGGAGGCUACAGGAGCAAGCACUUGAAAAUAGCACACUUAUUAAGGCCUUUUUAGUACAUAGGCAGCCUUUACCGAAAUAGCAGUACGACGAUACAUUGCAGGGUUACCCAAUUGCAGAGAAAGAAAAGGUGGCCAUGCUAAGCACGAUGAUGCGUUUGAACAUGAGAAACCCGAGAAGGCUCCAGGAGGAAGCACUUGAAGAUAGCACAUUCGUCGUACCGAAAUGUCAGUACGACGAAUGAAGAUGUAAUAUUUUAGCGUCGUUGAUGAAAAUGAAUUAUCAUCAGCAAAAUAGUUUAUAUUUAUAAGCAAAAAAUUUGGUUCGUUUACUGUACUGCUGGAGUUUAAAUACAUUUGACUAUAAAC